AUGUCGAAUCCACCUUCCGCCGCCGCCUCAACCAGCAACGCAGAGCCGGACUACUUUGCCGCCAUUCACGUGCCCGAUCCCAACGGCCCUAAUCCAGGCGCUGUUCGCAUCGCUAGCCCCUUCGCACUCGCCACCCCUCUCGUCUCGGCCUCCGGGGCGCGCCUCCCAUCACACCAAACCGCCGACGCACACCAUAACGAUGCCGACCCAGAUCCUCAUCCGUGGGCCAAGCUCUUUCCGGACGGUGGCAUGACCACCGCUUUGCCAGACCGCUUUCAAAUCGGUCGUCUCGGCGUGCCCCCCACCCCGGCAGCAAACGCCACCUCCGUCCCCAAAAAGAUGGCCCCAGGCGCUUCGCCUUCAUCAUCAGCUUCCCAUUCACGCAGCCAUCUCAAUCUCUCCGCUAGACUCAAGGGCGCACUCUCCUCCAGCGCGUCCCUUCCCCUGCCUUCUUCCUCCUCAUCAUCCGUCAACCCAAGAGCUAGCUCGUCCACAGAUGACCUCACAAAGUUCAAAGCUCUCGACGUAGAUGCGCUUGCAGACACGCUCAAUCCGCCUCCAUGGAAGCAAUCCAACGCCGCCGCUUCAGCAUCCCCCGCGCAUUCCACGUCGUCUUCAGCAGCCGACGCUCCGGACGACGUGCUCAUCCUCGACAUCCGUCCUUCCACCUCCUUCUCCACCGCACGCGUAGUCUCCAGCAUCAACAUCUGCGCUCCCAGCACCUUGCUCAAGCGUCCCGCCAUCACCGUCGAACGCAUCGAAGACGAGAUGCUCGGCAGCAUCGCUGACCGCCGUCGCUUCAUGCGCUGGCGCAAGGGCCCUCUCAAGCCAAAGCCAGAUGCAUCCCAAGCAUCCAUCGAUGCCGUUCGCAAGCGUGGCGCCACCAUCAGCCUGCCCGAGGAACCCGGCAUCACAAAGAUCAUCGUCCUCGACACAGACACCUCCCGCAUCGACGGCACCGGCAACGCCACCGCCGGCGGCGGCGGCCCUUGCCUCAUCGGCGUGCUCAAGAAGUUCGAAGCCGCAGGAUUCGCAGGCGAGCUUUGCUGGCUCGUCGGAGGUUUCAACAAGCUCGCUCGCUCAAAGCGUGCCAGGGACUUUAUCGACUCGGCCGCCCUCAGCAGGACAGCAGAGCACCAAGAUGCGGGCGCAGGUGCAGCUGCAUCUGCCAAGCCCGCGCCAUCCCGAAGCGGUUCAGAUGCGCGCAUGAGGCUACCGCCUACGCUCAAGCUCAACGGUAUCACAGCAUCGCCUGCCGCGACCAGCCCCAUCGACAUCGACGCUCGACAGUCUCUCGUUCAGCCCCGCGGUCUGCCCAAAGAGGCUUUCCAAACACAGAGCACCGUCGCCGGCUGGCCAGGCAGCAACACUUCGCCUGCCAAAGAGGGUGCAAACCCUGCCGCUACAAACUCGCUCCAGUUCAACCUCGCUUCCCACCACCAGGGCCAGUCGCAAUCCGGCGCCAACGAUCCCGAGGCCAAAGGCUCGAAUCGGCCGGCGGCUGCAUGUGCCAACCCAUUUUUCGACAACAUCCGCCAAAACAGAGAACUGCAGCACGGCAUCACCGAAAAGAUCCCCAUGGACCUGCCCUCCAUGUCCGAUGUGCAGGUCAGCGAGUUGCCACCGUUCCUGCAGAAGCUCGUGCGCCUCCCUCCCGCCGACCGCGCUCUCGCCCUCGCACAGGCCUUUUUCGACAUCGAAAAGGCUGAGCAGAACCGUCUCAUCGCCACCAUGCAACAGCACUCGGCAGAGUCCGACUGCGAUCCGCGCGCCAAGGACUUUGCCGCCGCCCAGGCUGCGGCCAUGCAGAAGCCCUCGCUUGGCGUGCGUCAUCUCGACGCCAGAUCGCACGCUUUCCCCUUCAGCAUUGCAGCCGCGCUCGAGCGAGGCGCCGAUAACCGCUACAACAACAUCUGGACCUACGAGCACUCCCGCGUGCGCCUCAGCAAGCCCCAGUCGGCGCACGAUUCUGGCUCCGACUACAUCAACGCCUCCUUCGUCCAGCCGCCCCAGCAACUCGGCAGUCGGCGCCGCUACAUCGCCACGCAGGCGCCGCUUCCAAGCACCUUUGACGCUUUCUGGACCGCCGUAUGGGAGCAGAACAGCCGCGUCAUCGUCAUGCUCACCCGCGAGCACGAGAGCGGCCGCCUCCAGAGCCAUCCCUACUGGCUCGCCUCCCAAUACGGCGACCACAUCCGCCUCACCAAGCUCGAAGAGGUCGUGCUCGACCAGCAAGGCAACAAGAUGCGCUCCGAGGAGUGCGAGGGCGUGCUCGGCAGCAGCACGGACCAGGGCGGCGCGCUCUUCCCCUCGAUGCCGCCUCAGCCGCAGCAUCACUCCGCUUCGGCCGGCAAGCGAGAACCCACGACGGUACGCAGGACAUUCCUGCUCAAGAAUCUCGCCGAGCCGCACGCCGAGCCGCGCAGGGUGGUCCAGCUUCAGUACAUCGCCUGGCCGGACUACCACAUUCCAGAGACGCCCGAGUCGCUGCUCUUGCUCAUCGACAUGGCCGCGGGCGCGCAGAACGCAGCGGACGCCGAUGUGCGCAGCGCAGUUUCGCGCGGAAGGACCGGCACAGCUGGACCCAUGGUCGUACAUUGCUCUGCAGGUGUCGGUCGCACGGGCGCCUACAUCGUGAUCGAUGCCACGCUCGACGCGCUCCGCAGAGUGCGUCGCCGUCAGAAGCUCGCUGCCACUGACCAUGUCGACCCCUCCCAGGUGCCCGAGCCUCCGACAUGGGAGAACGGCCUUGCAGGUGCCAGUGGCGAAGGUGCGGCUGCGGCCGAUGCCACGCCCGAGGUCGAAAUGGCGCCGGCUUCGUCGCCACUGGGCGAUCGCUUCCCGCGAACGCCGAGGCGCAGCUUGAAGCGCGAAUUGUCGCCGACGGGCAUGGACAUCGACAUGGGCAGCACGCAUGGAGGCUCGAGCUUCGGCCGCGACCUGAGCUCGCCACCGCCCAUGUUCAGGUCCAGGUCCAACGAGAGCAGCUCUGGCGUCGACGCAGCGAGUAACCUCAGCAGCAGCCUGGGCAGUCAGCGCAGUGCGGGCAGCAUCAGCCAGCAGCUAGCGCCCGAGGCGCAGACCCAAGCAGGUGAGGGUGCGGCAGGGCCGAGCGGAUUCAUCAACCCGUUCAGCUCGCCCACGUUCAACUUCAACGCGACCGCUAUGGGCAAGUUGCGCGCGGGUGCCAUGCAGUCUGUCGGCAGCAACGACUCGGCCGCGAGCGCCAUGACUUCGCCCAAGCAGGAGGGAGACGGCGCGGCACCGAAGCUGCACUCGCCCACGCGCGGCGGCGGUGCGCUGCAGCUGCCGCCGCACCUGUCUUCGGAUGCGUGGAGGCAGGCGUCGUCGCCGUUCUCCGAGGUUUCGACGCCGUCGUUCCACGGCGGCGGCGGCGGCUCGGCGAGGUCGUCGUUUUCGUCGGCGGCAGGCGUGCAUUCGCGCCUGUCGAGUUCCAACGGCCUUUCGCCUACGACGGGCGCCGUGGCCGAUGGCGGCUCGAGGUCGAUCGAAGAGGCGCUGCUGUCUGCCAUGAAUCCGUUUGAACUUGCUCUGAGCCAGAGCUCGCAGGGCGACGAAGCGGGUCAGGCCGACACCAACGGGCCGAGUGCAGUCGGCGAUCAGUCGACCUCGACGAUCACGGGCAGCAACGAGCCGACGCCGUUUGACGUGGCGAGCAGCAACUCGUUUGGCUUCGGAGCGGCGCGCGGAGAGAGCAUGUCGGCAAGCGACUCGGCUGGAUCCGGAUCGUUUGACGUGCUGACGGGUACGCCGAGCACGAGUGCGUCCAUGACCUCGGUCACCGAUGCAGCCGCCGAAGCUCAGGUGUUGGUAGCCAAGGAUACCGCCCGUCUCAGCAGCGUGCUGAGGCACGACGGCGCUUCGCCGCAAAAGGCCGCCGACCAGGCAUAUGUCGAGGGAGUUGACCUGGUCAAGACCACGGUCGAGACGGUGCGCGAGCAGAGAAUGUCGCUCAUCCAGACGGGCCGCCAGUUCGUCUUUGUCUACUCGGCCGUGCUUGCGGGCCUGUUGGCUGAUCUCGAGCGCGAGGGCAUCCACUAG